GAGACCGUUGAACAACAGAUCAGAGAGAAAGAGCAGGCAGACGACUUUGGAGGUGUCAGAUGGUUAAACUAUGGCUGCUCCUGUUAGCAUGUGCUGCCGUGUGUUUGACAGAAACGGUCCUCUGACGCGUGUAGGGAAACUGUUCGCGCGGCAUGUGAACUGGAGCAUCGCGCGGAGGUGUUCCGGGGCUACGCACGAGGAAAAUGAACUUGAACUCUCAGACUCGACUGUGGCUGCUCCCAACUUCAAAACCAGAGCAACAGAGAAGAGGCUGAGAGAUGACCAUAUACUCCCCUUUUCAGCGUUCCUGACCGACAGCUUUGGCCGCAGGCACAACUACCUGCGCAUCUCCCUCACUGAGAAAUGCAACUUCCGCUGUCAGUACUGCAUGCCGGAGGAGGGGGUGAAGCUCACACCGCGGGGCCAGCUGCUGUCCACCUCGGAGGUGCUGACCCUGGCUCGCCUCUUUGUCCAAGAGGGGGUGGACAAAAUCCGCCUCACUGGAGGGGAGCCGCUCAUCAGACCUGAUGUGCUGGAUAUUAUCACUGAGCUGAGGAAGUUGGAGGGCCUGAAGACUAUCGCCAUGACAACCAACGGCAUGAACUUGGCUCGCUUUUUGCCUAAGCUUAAAGAGGCCGGCUUGGACUUAAUCAACAUCAGCCUGGAUUCACUGGUUCCUGCCAAAUUUGAGUUUAUUGUCAGGCGGAAAGGUUUUCAUAAAGUAAUGGAGGGCAUUGAAAAGGCCGUUGAACUGGGCUACAGUCCUGUCAAGAUCAACUGCGUGGUCAUGCGAGGCCUCAAUGAGGACGAGCUGCUGGAUUUCGUGGUGCUGACAGAGAAGAAGCCUCUGGAGGUGCGCUUCAUAGAAUACAUGCCCUUCGAUGGCAACAAGUGGAACUUUAAGAAGAUGGUGAGCUACCAGGAGAUGCUGGACUGUGUCAGGCAGCGGUGGCCCAACCUGGAGAUGCUUCAAGCUGGACACACAGACACAGCCAAGUCAUUUAAAGUUCCAGGCUUCAAAGGUCAGCUGGGCUUCAUCACCUCCAUGUCUGACCAUUUCUGUGGCUCCUGCAACCGUUUACGCAUCACUGCAGACGGCAACCUCAAGGUGUGCUUGUUUGGUAACUCAGAGGUCUCCCUCAGAGAUGUCUUACGCUCGGGUUCAUCUGAUGAAGAGCUGCUGCAAAUUAUUGGAGCCGCUGUGGGCCGGAAGAAGAAACAGCAUGCAGGCAUGUUCAGUAUCUCUCAGAUGAAGAACAGGCCCAUGAUCCUCAUUGGUACCACAUCUCAAAUAUUCCUGCCAAAGCUACCAGAUAGGCAGAGAGCUUUCCCUGUGACUUCCCAGCUCUCUCCAACAACAGCUCAUCACAUGUGCCAUUCAGGCAGCAGGAGAGUCCUGAAUAGAGGGGAUUGUUUGUGCCUUUCAGACUCCACUAACUUAUUGCAGGCAGCUAGUGUUUGCUGCUCUGGAACCUUAAUGAGUGGGGGUAACCAUGUUAAGACACAUAUCAACACAGAAAAACCCAACCACUAUAAAGUAGCACCCCUUUGCUCUUCAGAGAUUGGUAAUGAUUGCAUUAGUUGUCACACUAAGACUGAAAGUUUCACAACACGCACAAAUGUCACAAGCUACGUUAAUGAAGUUGGUCUCAGGAACGCACAAGCCUGGGGUCCUAAUGUUCUGAAGAGCCACGGAUCCAGGACCCCAGGAGCACCUGCUUUUUGCACACUGCUAAUAAAUGCCAAAAGGAAUCAGAAACGCCACCCUGUUAGAUUUUGCCACAGUCAAAGUUCCAGCGAGGAAACCAGUUUCAAACAGUCUGUGAGUGACCAGACAGCAGAUCUCAAAGCUCAGCUGACACAUACGGAUGCCCAGGGCCGUGCCACCAUGGUGGAUGUUGGGGGGAAACCUCCCACAUGCCGAACAGCCUCAGCCUGCGCCACCGUCAUCUUAGGCCCCACCGCCUUCCGCCUGCUUCAGGAUAACCAGCUAGCCAAGGGCGAUGCCUUGACUGUGGCGCAGUUGGCUGGAAUCAUGGCUUCAAAACAGACCUCCACCCUCAUCCCCCUGUGUCACCCGUUGCCCUUAGACCACACCUCUGUCACCUUUAACCUCGAUGAGCUGCACAACACUGUCAUCAUCACAACAACAUGUCGCACUACAGGCAGGACAGGAGUGGAGAUGGAGGCUCUGACCGCCGCUUCUGUCGCAGCGCUCACCGUCUAUGACAUGUGCAAGGCGGUCAGCCAUGACAUCAUCAUCACAGACAUAAAACUGGUCAGUAAGAUGGGUGGGAAAAAGGACUUCCAUCGUUAUUCCGAACAGGAAAAAUGAGUUCAAAGACUGCACCGUGGUUUACCACAAACUAAACUUUAUGCAUCAACAAAAAACACAUCCUGUUGGGCACAUAUCCCUCCCAGCAUGAAGUAUUUUAUGUAACCUGUUUACUUUGAUUUACUAAAGUGUUAUAAUUUCAGUGUCAUACUUCCUGUUUUUCCCUCUAGAGGGAGCACAGGUAUUACAGUUAGUCAUCUCUGGAGGUCUUUGAAUGAAGAAUGCUACCACUAUGAUUGUUUUAACAGUGAAGCUUUAACGGUAAUUAAGAUGUGAGAUUUUAGUUCUUAUGCUUUUCUACCUUCCUCUAUCGCACACUGAAAACUGUAUACUUGUAUACAUUACAGUAGAGGAUGGCAGUAAGAUAAAAUAUCAUCUAAUCAAAUGAUAACACAAAUAACCCAUUACACAAUACCCAUUGUUGCUCACGAUGUUUAAUUAUGUGUUCCUGGAGAUGUGAUCCUUUGGUCUGCACUAUGUACCAGCUGUUGUUUUUAGAGAACUGAUUAUUAUGUAUUCACUGUGCAUUCACCUCACAUCAUCACACGGCCCAUUUUUUUUAAAGGCCGUUAAUGCAAACAGGGAGUUUUUGGGGGACAUGUUUUGUAUUUAUUUUCAUGUCAGAGAAAUUGAAGUAUUCUACAGAGUCUCCUGUCUUAAUCUUGCCUACUGCAUCUAAAAGUUGAGUAAUGUGUGACUUCACAGGGUGGUUUCACUCAGUUACAACGCAGCAUGUUCCACUAUGUUUUGUCAGGUUAUUAAAGAGAACACUAAACAGGAGAAUCUUGGUAUUUUUUUGUCUGGCUGUAAAAGGAAUGCCUUACUACUUAAUAACUAAUAUCAGAUAGCAGCUUUGGAGAGUUACUGAAAUUAUGAAUUUCUGUACCAGGAAAAAGAGCUCUCUUAAACUGUGAUAACAGACACUGUGAACCAGACCUGCUCACUGGCAGGUUUUCUCUGACUGUUUCAUUUCAUACAGCAGAUAUUAAAGUUCAGAGUGGAUGAAUCUGCAGAGGUUUGCAUCUUUACAAACAUAACUCAUUUCUGCUUUAUUUCUUAUAUUUAACAAGUGCUUUUAUAGUGAAUCAGUCAUGACAGACAGCAAUCAGUGCAUAAUAUUGCUUUAUUAAUCAGCUCGUGAAUCUAGUAUACAUUUUUGUUUAUAUAUCUUCAUAACUAUGGACAGUAAGAGGACUGAAACCUUUACUGUACAUUACUAUUGUAAUCAGCGCUCACAUAAAACAGUCGAAGGUUAGAGGUGAUCUAAAAUUACUUUGGUGCUUUCAUUUAUUUGUUGUGAGUUUUGGAAUCCGGACUGCAGAUGAAUGUGUUCAAACUUUAGAGGACACAGGCAUUAAGUACAGUAAAUAAAUAAAAAUGAAAAGUUUGAAUUUGAAUAUCACCUGAACUGGUUACAGGAAGUAAGCUGUAUCUUACCUGUUUGAUUCAUAUUUUAUCUUCAGUUGCUGUUACUGCUUGUCAGGUUACAGCUAAAUAAUGAUAUAAAAUUGUUUUUUUUUUCUUUUUACUUGUUAAAACUGUCAUAACUAACAACUAUUAAAAAAUAAUUAUAAA